ACAAACAGCGGAGACGGAGCGGCAAGCCGCGAAGGAUCACACAGCGCACAUUGCUACAGGCGCGCACGCGCGCGCACGUCAACAACAGACCGUAGAAUUACAGACUGGGUUGUUUUUGUUUUUUUUACGUCGUUCGUGUAAUCGAGAAAAAAAAAACACGCAAGUUGCGGCGACUAGAAGGGACUCACCUUCUGCAGCCGGGAAGCUUUGAGGAAACGACAAAGCGAGCCAUCAUGUGAAAGAACUUAUAUGGGAAACAGACAAAAGGGCUGGAAAACGAGAGAAAUAGAAAGUAAAAGGGCCGCCCUCCCCACGCUGCGCUGAGCUGCCAAUCAUCUGUCCCACCUCGGAUCUUUCUGACUGACAGUGAUGUGUCCUCACGCUGCUCGUGGAUAAAUGAUCACUAAUCAGCCCCCGAAGAUGAAGGACAAGUCUGGUGUGAGCGGCAUGUCCGUGGAUGAGAAGACUGAAGACCCCAUGUAUGUGUAUGAGUCGACGGUUCAUUGUACCAAUAUCCUCCUCUGCCUUAAUGACCAGCGGAAGCAGGAUAUCCUGUGUGAUGUGACUGUCCUGGUGGAGGGCAAGGAGUUCCGAGGGCACCGGGCCGUGCUGGCUGCCUGCAGCGAGUAUUUUCUCCAGGCGCUGGUUGGCCAAGCAGAGAAUGCCUUGGUGGUUAGCCUUCCAGAAGAGGUCACUGCCAGGGGAUUCGCCCCAUUGUUGCAGUUUGCCUACACUGCUAAGCUGUUACUCAGCAGAGAAAAUAUCCAGGAGGUCAUCCGCUGUGCAGAAUUCCUGCGCAUGCACAACCUCGAGGACUCAUGCUUUCGCUUCCUGGAGGCUCAGCUACGCAGAGAGGAGGACAACCUCAUGCUUUGCCACAGGGGGGCACCGGAGGCUAUCAACUCAGAGGAUGAAAGCAUGCAGUCAGAGUGUGAAAGACCCGCCUCCCCCAGGACACGGCAUUGUGCAGACACCCUGGCCUCCGUUCAGAGUCCUGAUGAUGACAGGUUAGCAAUGACUGUGUCCAGUAACUUGACAGAUGGCCGGCUGGACUUUGAGCGACAUGGAGCAUCAGAUCUACCACGAUGCCCAAAGUACAGAAAAUAUCAGUGGGCUUGUAACAAGCACAAUAAUGACACUUCCUCACACACCAGUACCUCAGGUUUUCCAAGCACAAUUAAGGAGAGCAGCAUCAGUGGGGUUCUGCCGGGUCAGGGCAGGCUGCCCGUGACACAGAUAAAAGUUGAACCGCAGGCAGAGGAAGAGACCAUCUCUUUGUGCCUGUCAGGAGAUGAACAGGAUGUCAGGGACAAGGACAGUGUGACAGCUAUGGAAAUGGAUAACCCCUUAUCUCUGGAAAGAACCAAGAGAAACAAGUCCUCAUCUUGCCUCCAAGCCUACUUCAAGAAAGGAAUAGACCUUCCCAGUCUGUCCAACACUUCACAGCAGCUACUCACCAACAGACUUGUCUGCCCCCAGGACAAAGGAAACUCUCAGGGAGAUCAUAAAAAAGACUUCAGGCCUUUUACUGGGGAGCUGGAUCUGUCUGUUACAUCCCCAAAGGAGGUAGAUGGUUUCCCUGCAGGGUUGUCUCUGAAGUCUGCUUCCUGUGAUGGUGUCUGCAAACAGGAAGUUGAGCUAGACCGCCGAAGUGUCAUAUUUUCCUCAGGGGCCUCCAAUCGUCUGGGACCGCCAGCACAUUCCUACCCCGGUGGGAACUCUUUGGAAAUGGAGCUUUCUGAUCAAGUGACAAAAGGACUGUGGGCUGAAGCCUGCCAGUCCCUCCCAAACUCCCAGGCUUAUUCUCCCAGCACCACUUCCUCUGAGCCCCCAGUCCUGUCGCGUCCACGCCCCAACACCAGCUGCCCAGUGCCAAUCAAAGUAUGCCCACGCUCGCCUCCUUGUGAGACGCGCACCAGAACUUCCAGCUCCUGCUCCUCUUACUCCUAUGCAGAGGACGGUAGCGGAGGCUCUCCCUGCAGCCUGCCCCAGUUCGAGUUCUCCUCCUCGCCAUGCUCCAACGUGGCACGAUGCCUCAAUGUGGACCAGCAGGAGCAAAGUGUGGGAGGGGAUUCUCGUUUCAACCAGGUGCGACCCAAAAUCAAAUGUGAGCAGUCCUAUGGAACCAACUCAAGCGACGAGUCCGGGUCCUUCUCAGAAGGAGACAGUGAGUCAUGCCAUGCUCAAGAGCGAGGGCCAGAGGUGAAGCUUCCUUUUCCUAUUGAUCAAAUCACAAAUCUUCCACGGAAUGACUUCCAAAUGUUGGUCAAAAUGCACAAACUGACAUCGGAACAGCUUGAGUUCAUCCAUGAUGUGAGGCGGCGGAGCAAGAAUCGCAUCGCAGCGCAGCGUUGUCGCAAAAGGAAGCUUGACUGCAUUCUGAACCUGGAGUGUGAGAUCAGAAAACUAGAGUGUGAGAAAGAGAAGCUGCUGACAGAGAGGAACCAGCUGAAGGCCUGUAUGGGAGAGCUGUGGGAGAACUUCUCCUGCCUGUCCCAGGAGGUGUGCCGGGACGUCCAGCUGAGCCCAGAGCAGGUCCAGUCCUUACACCACUACUGCCCUGUGCUGCGACCCCCCAACUCCACUGCCAGCAACAACGCUGCCCACGAGCCAAGGCCCCCCACCAUCAGCACCCCGGCCACCACCAGCAUCGACCUCACAGGCCACUCUGGCUCUGCCACCCCUGAACCCAGCUUCCAGGGGUCACCGGGACCCUCAGAGAACGAGCCUGAAUCUACCGUCAGGAACGGGGCGGACCAGGAUAUGGGGGGCCGCGACACCAGCUUGUACUCCACAUCAGAGUCUGUGGAAAAAUCCAACCAAACAGUAACGGUAGAUUUUUGCCAGGAAAUGACUGAGAAAUGUACAACAGAUGAGCAGCCAAGGACAGACAGUACCAAGUAGAAGUGGAUCUUUAUUCAGUUGUUUUGAAUGUUUUUCUAUUAUUUAAUGUUACUCCUCUGACAAACCCUUUCUCUGGGUUGUGAGAUGAUCAGCCUCUGCCAGUGUUCACUGAAAAACAAGCUUUGUAUUUAUGUCAUUUUGUGUUGUUUUCGUUUCUGUAUGUUUUGUUGAAAUGGUUGACACUAAAAUUGUCUUAACAGCAGCAAUACUGUUCUGCAGGCAUUCUCCUCUUACCCUGACAGAGUGGGAACCUCUCACCAAACUCGUACUAUGGUGCUAUACCCGGCCAGCCGGCAGGAGCCUCUGCAGAGGAGACUGCCGUUCAUGUGUCACACAUCACAACUUCAAGUUGAACCUCAUUGGACCUAAGCAGCAGCUCUCUUUUUAUACAAACAGGAUCUAUGUUUCUUCCUGUCUGCUGUCCUUUUCUCCUUCUACUGCUCCGUUUUCAGAUGUACUCACACACACACUGCUUCCCCAUCAGGUUCCAGACCUGCUUUAGAGAUGUAGAGACACAAAUGUGUGCAGGAUCACCUCUAAACUACUUCCUGAGAGUAUAAAGGCAACUAUUUAUUAACCCCACAUGAUAGAAACCAAGUUUUUCAAUGUCAUUUUUAUCAGCAUCCAAUCCUGAGGAUACCUUCAAACUGUGAGAUGUUUCUUCUGAUUAUCCUGAAAAUCUCCUGAUGAUUUUAGCACAAACACUUUGGUCCUGAUUUCCACAUUUCUAUAGGCUGCCUAACAGGUGUGAAGGUUUAACAUUUAACCUGUAAGAUUUUAUCUCUGAGAAAUCAGUUUGUUCAGUUUGUAGCUGAAAAACUGUAAUCAUUUGCAUUGUUGAUUUUUUUGUACCUCAAGAUUCAUCCAGCAUGGAGAUUGUUGCUUCCAGCUACAAAUGGAGUGCAUCUUAAUUUGGGAGUACUUCACACUGGACAGCAUUUGUUUAAAGUAUUUAAGUUCGGUGCAUCCAUUUCAUUAACAUCAAGAUAAAUCAUCAUGACAGUGAAUGCAAACGUUUUGCUCAAACAAGAGCAGAGUUUUAUCAACCUAAAUAAGUAUUUGGUACAGAUCCAGUUUUUCCCAGGAUGAUGUAAACAGAGAUCUGUAGCAGCUCUGGCAGUAACUUUUUCAAGAAAGUUCUGAUGAGAUUCUGCACACAUUAGCGUAAACUUCUCAGAUGUUUGUGUGUGAAAGCAGCUCGUUAGUCUCUCUCUGCCUCUGUCUACCUCUCUCAGUCCCACUCUCUCUCUCUCGCUCUGUCUCUUCUGUGAUUAUAUCUCAGUGGCCCUUUUCGUCACAAGAAUUCAAACUCAGGAAAAAAAAAUCCUCUGAAUGUUCAACCUAAUUCAUUGAAAAUGAGAUGAGAGCUUCUGUACAAUAGGAAGUUACAAUGCAGUGAGACUGUAAAAUGUUCAUAUGCAAAAAAAAAAAAAAAAUGUUUUCAAGCGUUUCUUAUUUGUAUUUCUGUACAGGAGAACUUUGUACAGCCUGUAACUGAGAACAUUCCUUCUAUGCCUUCCACAGCACUGAAUUGAAAGGAGAAUGAUUAGAUGGCUAUUUUUAUUUCCCACUCAUCAGCAAUACCAUUGUAUUUGGAUGUUGUAUCAGUGAUUUUUCAAGUGCUUGUUUGGCAGAUGUGUAUAUAGUAUGGAGCAUGAUGACUGUAACAGUGAUUUUUGUACAUGUAGAAACAUAAGUGUUUCUUUUUAUUUCACUUGGGUUAUAUCAAGCACCUUUCUAAGGGAAAACUUUUUCUUUGCUGUUUCCUGUCCUGCCUAAUGAAUACUUUCCAUCAUGGUGGGUGUUCUGAUACUCAGGAAAUCAGCUCAAUACAUGAGUACACACACACAAAACACACACACAGCAUGCAUCCAUACACAAUCAUCAGCCCCUUGCAUGUUUAGAAAUGACCCAUGAGAAUAUAUUUUAUGGACUGGCUCAGGCCGGCCCAGCUUCACCUUUGGCUCCUUUUUAAAUGUGAAAACUUCUCAUGUUCUUUCUCCCCAUUUUGCUUACUUCCUAUUAUAGCAGUAUUUAAAGAUGCUACUUGUGUAAGCUCUCACAUUUUGCUAUUGACAUUUUAAAAUUUAUCCAAGAAAUAAAGUAAAGAAUGAAUGAAUGAGUUUAGGCACUUUGUUUCCGGCCCCGAGCGCUCAGAGCUACUAGCACUUCAGCUACAGUCUUUGUCUUUAUUUUCUUCUAAGUCUGAACCUGGAGCACUUAAAUUGGCCCUGCAAGAGAAAAUGUUUUUGAUGUCAUUAUAUUAAUAUACGUCGAUGAAGAUCUAAAAGAAGUUAAUGUUUUAGUAUGUGAUUAUUCUCAACUUUGCUUUGUGUUUAUUUAGUAAUGAAAUAAGCUAAUUCCUGAUUGAGUUGACAUGUAAGUGGUGUGUGUGUGUUGUCCAAAUGACUGAAUACCAAUCCUGUAAGGUCGUAAAAUUGUUGCCCUGAUUGUGUUUGAUCAUCCACCUCUGUGAUGUGCAUGCUGCCUAGAACUAUAAGCGUAGUUAGUUGGUCAAGCUCAUGUUUUGCCUUGCAAGUUCUCUCUUCUUUUAAAAUGCUUUUAAAAAUUAUUUCCCAAAAUGUUCUGUAUAAAGAAACUUAACUGUAUCAAACCUCACUAGAGGCAAGCUACAAGCAAGUAUAAGCAGGGUUGAAUUCAGCAUAAAACUUCGUUGCUUUUUCUUCUCUUUAAAGUCCCAAUCCUAAAGGUACGUACCUGUGAUGGUGUCGCUUCUGUUGUGCUGAGCUUUUCAACUAAGGCAUAAAUAACUAUGCUAACUUUGUUAUUUUAUCUAUCAAAGUCAGUCUUCAAAGUCUACCUCCGCCUCUGUCCCUGGCAUUAUCUAACCCUUCUUCACUACAACCAUGAACCCUGUUCCUCUUUGGCAGCUCCUCUACCUCCUCUGAACAUCUCCCUCAGCCUUCCCUUUCCAACAGUGAUUCCAGAUCGCUCCACCUGAGCUGUCCCUCUGAUAUAUUCAUUCCUAACCGUGUUCAUUUGGGUCACUUUCGGUGAAAACGUGACUUUGUCCAGCUCUGCUGGCUCUAUCUCCAUCUCCAGUUCCUGUUUGUAGAGCCACCAGCUGUGAAGCCUUCAUCUCAGCAGGUCUCUCUGCCAUUCUUUGUCCUAGUCUUCCCCUCUCUAGUGUUCUGCCUGCUGCUGUGGACAGCUGACCCCAGGUACUUUAACACCUGUUCUGCUUUCAGCUUCAAUGUUCCACCUGUGUCCCUUUGAUUCCACCUUGCGCUUCCACUAACUCCUGGUAGACUAUGGCCUUUAAGACCUUCAGCUCAGAUUGCAGCAGUGGUGGUUUGUACAUCCCAGUAGUCCCAGUUGAUACGUGUUGUAGGCAUACCAAUUUUCAUUUGGAAACACUUGGCUGCCAUACAGUGGUCUAACCCAAUUUGGAUAUUAAAUACCUAAGUGUAUAUUUAUCGUAUGUUAUAUUCUAUAAAUGAUCAUUCUCUUAAAGUAAAAACAAAUAUAUAAUGAUCUCAUUAAAACGGAUCACUAGCCAAUGGUUUUCCUAAAGCAUAACAAGCUGCAUACAUUGUCGAAGGGUUCACUGUUAGGUCAUCCGUCUUUAUUUUUGUCCCUGUCUUAGUAGGGUGUUUAUUUUGGCUUUCACCUUCAAUAUUUGGCUGUGUUUGACAGAGGACA